AUGGCUACUAGUCGUUUAGAGAGAAUAGGCACAAUAUUUACGAGAGUUGAAGGGCUUCUAACACGUGGAGCGAUGAAACCUGACGACAGACCGUUAUGGUUCGAUGUAUACAAAGCAUUUCCUCCCAUCAUAGAACCUAAGUUUGCUAGGCCAAAGCCUGAAGCGAAACCUAUUAGGCAAAUUCUUUACAAAGAAGACAUCAUAAGAGCGAAAUUUCAUGCCGAGGGUCAUGGCAUAGGAAUAAAUAUGUUAAGUCCUGCAGGAGAGACGCAAGUUAAAAAACUAAUACAACAAUACGAAAAACUGAAAUCAGAAGGAGUACCAGAAAAUGAGCUUAUUGAAAAAUCAGUUGCGGCUGUAUCCACUGAACGGCAGUUGGAUGCGAAAAUUUCUUCUAAAAAUCCUGAUUCAGUUACCGCACAAGUUUUGUCGGAGGCAGAUUUAAAAAAUAUAUUCAAAGAGUAA